UUUGCCUAGAAACCUCCUUCGAGUAUUAUUAUUAUUAUGUCACUCCACCUAAGUUGUUAUCUUUUAUAGUUUGGCAUGAGAACAAAAAUAAAAUACAUAUAACACCAACCUGAGUGAGCGAACAUAUAAAAAAAGAAAAGGGAAAAGGAAAGAAAGGGAAAAUAAAAUAAAAUUCCCCCUUAUUUCAGAAUCAUAUAUAACCACAGUUUUGACUUCCUGUUAAUCCCUAAUGCAUAAAUUAUAUUUUAAACAUGAAUGUAUUCCCGUUGUUAUAUAUUCCACUAACUAUUACUACAUUCUUACAACAGUAUGUAUCCUUCAUAUUAUUGUCCAACUCAUUCUUUCUCCACUAUCACUCAAAUGCCGGCUAUAUAUUCCCACUAUAUAAGAUCUCACGUCUGUAGGAUUUAAGAGAUUGGGAAGAUUGCUAUGGAAAUAGGUGGGGUACCGUGUUUGCCCCUCAAAAGCCUGCAUUAUUAUUAUUGCAAUUUCAAUUGUUGUUGUUAUUUAUUUAUUCAACCUAUUAGUUUCUUUCUCUUAUCCAGGGCAGCCCAAAGUGACAUACAACCUAUAUUUAUUGUUGCUGUUCUUGUUCCUGUUGUUGUUAUGUUCCACGGUGACACUCCAAGGUCAUAAUAAUAAUAAUAAUAAUAAUAAUAAUAAUAAUAAUAAUAAUAAUAAUAAUAAUGGUUUCCCCAGCCAUUCUGGGCGGCUUACAACAGAAGUAUUAAAAUACAAUAAUUUAUUAAACAUUAAAAGCUUACCUAAACAGAGCUGCCUUCAGAUGUCCUCUAAAAGUCUGGUAGUUGUUUUUCUCUUUGACCUCUGGUGGGAGGGCGUUCCACAGGGCGGGCGCCACCACCGAGAAGGCCCUCUGCCUGGUUCCCUGUAACUUUGCUGCUCGCAGCGAGGGAACCGCCAGAAGGCCCUCGGUGCUGGACCUCAGUGUCCGGGCAGAACAAUGGGGGUGAGAUGGGUCACCUUCAAAGGUAGUGCCACAUAGAGCGCAUUGCAGUAGUCCAAGCGAGAGAUAACUAGAGCAUGCACCACUCUGGUGAGACAGUCUGCGGACAGGUAGGGUCUCAGCCUGUGUACCAGUUGGAGCUGGUAGACAGCUGCCCUGGACACAGAAUUGACCUGCGCCUCCAUGGACAGCUGUGAGUCCAAAAUGACUCCCAGGACCAGGGAGUCCCCCACACCUGCCUGCCUCCUGUCCCCCACAAACAGUACUUCUGUCUUGUCAGGAUUCAAUCUCAAUAUCUUAGCCACCAUCCAACCUCCAACCUCUGAUUUGAAAGAGAGGUAGAGCUGGGUAUCAUCCGCAUACUGAUGAACACCCAGCCCAAACCCCCUGAUGACUCUGGGAUAAAUAUAAAUAUUAUGUGAUUAAAUAAAGGAACUGGAUAUGACUCAGGCGGAAACAUCACUGGUUCCACUUCCUUUCUCCAGAGGAAUCUUCCUUUUCUUUCCCACAAUCAGUAUUCUUCACCUUUACUAUUCACCUUUUCAGCGUCACACAUAUUUUUAUAUUGUGAUCUUCAGAUGAAGAUAAAUAUACAAAUUUAAUAAAUAGUUUCCAGUAGGAGCAAAGGGGGAAGAACAGUGAGAGAGGCUUGGACUGGGAUUCAGUGGCAGGAGGCAGGUGUGAGACUCGGCGGCAUAUAAUUAUUACCAAUAGUAAUUGGGGUGGGCGUUUCAAUCUGGGAUUCCCAGCACUUAGGCGCCAGCUGCUUUCCUUCUGCAUCUCCAGCUCUCUCCAUGCAAUAAUGCAAGGCUGAGAGAUGGAGGUCCAACCCCAAGAACUUUCUCCUACCUGAGCACUCCUUCAACCAACCACAAACACCAAGCCUUGUCACUAGGCUUAUAUAUGGGUCUCCCAAAAUGGUCAAUAUGCACCUCCAGAGGCCAAAGGGACCGUGCAGGUGACUAAUAAACAUCUAGAGGUCGAAGGGGACAAAAUGUGGCCUAAGGGGUGGGGGAUUAUUGUGCAGAAGAUGAAGAACUUCAUGAUGAACUUAGGACCCUGAUGAAUAGUGGGCAUAGGAAAGGGAGAUUUAUAAACUGUGGAGUUUAUAAAAAGUAAACUCCAGAGUUCAAGUGUAUUCUAAGAUAAUGCUACUUCCUUAACGCUGAUUAAGGGUUAUGAAAGGCUGAUGAGGCAUUACAAUUAUUUAACAUUAUUUCAUUUGCCUUUCUUAAACAUUUGGAACAUAUGGAGGACAGGAGAGAAUGUAUGAGAUGUCAAAAUAAGAGCAGGUAUUGAUUGGUGUGUAAUAUUCAUUUGUUUUCUUCCUAGAAAACAAAUAGGAUUUCCUCCCCUCUUCACUCUCCAAAGAAGACAAUGGAGAAGGCCGCCAGAAAUCUGGGGGGCCAUUUCAAUGCAGAUAACGGAGAAGCCAUUAAAAAACAAUUUAAAUGUAUUGAGUGUGGAAAGAGCUUCAGUGCGAGUGGAAACCUUAGAAACCAUCAACGGACGCACACGGGGGAGAAACCAUUUGAAUGUCUGGAGUGUGGAAAGAGCUUCACUGAUAAUGGAUAUCUUAGAAUUCAUCAACGGACUCAUACAGGAGAGAAACCAUAUAAAUGUAUUGAGUGUGGAAAGAGCUUCAGUCGGAGUGGAACACUAAGAAUUCAUCAAUGGACGCACACGGGGGAGAAACCAUUUGAAUGUCUGGAGUGUGGAAAGAGCUUCACUGACAGUGGAUAUCUUAGAAUUCAUCAACGGACUCACACAGGAGAGAAUCCAUUUAAAUGUCUGGAGUGUGGAAAGAGCUUCACGGAGAGUGUAAAAAUUAGAAUUCAUCAACGGACUCACACAGGAGAGAAACUAUUUAAAUGCAUGGAGUGUGGAAAGAGCUUCAGUCAGAGUGAAACACUAAGAAUUCAUCAACGGACGCACACGGGGGAGAAACCAUUUGAAUGUCUGGAAUGUGGAAAGAGCUUCACUGACCCUAGAAAUCUUAGCAUUAAUCAACAGACUCACACAGCAGAGAAACCAUUUAAAUGCAUGGAGUGUGGAAAGAGCUUCACGGAGAGUGGAACACUAAGAAUUCCUCAACGGACGCACACGGGGGAGAAACCAUUUAAAUGUCUGGAGUGUGGAAAGAGCUUCAAUAACAGUGGAAAGCUUAGAAUUCAUCAACGGACUCACACAGGAGAGAAACCAUUUCAAUGUAUUGAGUGUGGAAAGAGCUUCAGUCAGAGUGAAAAACUAAGAACUCAUCAACGGACACACACGGGGGAGAAACCAUUUGAAUGUCUGGAGUGUGGAAAGAGCUUCACUGACAGUGGAAAUCUUAGAAUUCAUCAACGGAUUCACACAGGAGAGAAACCAUUUAAAUGUCUGGAGUGUGGAAAGAGCUUCAGUAGAAGUGACAGCCUCAAUUUAUAUAAUCGAACUCACACAGGGGAGAAACCCUUUGAAUGCAUGGAAUGUGGAAAGAGCUUCAGUCAGAGUGGAGUUCUUGCAGACCAUCAACAAAUUCAUGCUGGGGAGAAACCAUGUAAGUCCUAGGGAAGUGGAUCGAGGUUCAGUUGUAGUGGAAGUCUUACAAACCACCUAAAGACUCUGAGGCGUAAGAGCUGUAAGAGUGGAAACUCUACAAGCCAUGAAUUAACUCAAAGAAGGGAAAUGGUUUAAAUAGAAGGAUUGUGGAUUCUGCUUUGGUUAUUAUGGAACGCUUUUUAAAGUGUAGAACCUCUUUCUCUCCGAAUUGACACUUUCCUUCACAUCAGUGACAGGAAAUCAAUCUUAAAUGAAUGCAGUGUGUGUGAGCUUCUGUUGUUUGUAUGUAACAUUGUCUAGACAUGUUUUUAAAGUAAUGAGGGUAACAUUUCACAAUAGUAAGCAUAAUAAUAUAUUUCAUGUACUGUUAGAUAGGGAGGGGGAGUGUGUGAGUCUGGAGUGUUGCUUCUGAAUGAGAAUGGAUUGAGAGUG